UUACUUACCAAAAUUGACAGGCAGAUUCGUGGCAAUCUGGAUCUAUCUCAUUCGGUAGAUUUGAGAAUGAAGCUUUAUGUUGGGAGAGGAGGUCUUCUUUCACACACAACAGGAAAAGAAAGAAGAAGAGAUCAAACAGCUAUGGAGAAAUCUCAAUUUCAAAGAAACUCCCAUGCCUGCCUUCUAUUGUGAACCUGACCACCGCUCAGAAAAAACCAAGGUUUCUUCGGGUUCAAAAGCUAAUGUACUUAAUCAACAUAAAAGCACUGAAGAACAACCAAUAGCAAGAAAUGUUGUCGCUUCUCGUGCUUCCUGUACAGAGAAAGUUAGCCAUAGAUUAUAUCAAAGUGUAAACAGGUAUAUAUCGUGGAGAAAUUUUGAGCUUUAACUCCAUAUUGUGUUCAUAAACGUAUAUCUUAGACAUAUUAUUGUUGUACAGGGAUAAGGAGAGUGUAAAUUCAUGUCAACCAGUCGUGAAAAAGAAUGGAUCUAGUUUCCACUUCAAAACAGAAGAGCGGGCCAGGAAAAGGAAAGAGGAAAGGACCAAUUUCUUAUGUCUACUCGAUAAAGUUCAAACGUCGUAUAAAACCUAAAAGAAGUCUUUGAUAUUGAUUUCAGUUCUUUAUGAAUCUAGAGGAGAAAGUGCAGGCCAAAAAGGAAGAAACACGUCAUCUCCAUGCGAGAAAACAG